GUUACCGGCGCACGGAAGAGUACACACAGGUGACUUUUCAGACCUUCACUAUACAAUGGCAUCAGGGCGUGGUUGGAUUCAUCAACAGCACACCAAGAGCGAGCAGAGACCGAGACCAACUGCACAGACACUGCCGCCUCGAACUCCUACUUUAAAAGAACAGCAUAGAUGUGCUACAAUUUCAAAGGCAGCACCAAUAAAGAAAAGUCCAUUGGUAAGAAAACCUAUGAAGAGCAUACAACAGCGGACAAGAACCUGCCUUAGCCAAGCUGCAUACAUAGAGAGUUUACCGUGUGAGAUCCUUCUGAAAAUAUUAUCAUAUUUAGACCCAAUAUCUCUGAUGGUAGUCGGUAGUCUCAAUAAGAGGUUUUAUGAGCUCUCCAAGGACAAUGUAAUAUGGCAUAAGAUUUAUAUUUCCCACUGGAAAGUUAAACAGCGCUGGCAAUGUGACUCUAUGAACCCCCUGGAGAAGAAAUUAAGUGACACCACUAUUUCAGAUCCAGAUCCUGGCUAUUGGAAGAAGACCUAUGUUAGGGAAUUAGCAACGGCCAGAGAAAAGAAAAUGACUCAGAUUAUGAAGACUUUGAAGCAUCACAGAUCCAAUGACUUAUCCGUUAAUAUGCAAAAGGCAGUAAAGAUGUCUGGACUGACUUGGGCCCUUAAGUUUCUGGAUGUCCACGGGAAGGAAAUGGUGAUUGAACAGACUGAUGUGCAUUUCAGGGAUAGUUCGCUUAUUGUGACUUGGAAUAGUUAUCUUUGGCCUGAGUUUUGUUCCCUCAUCAAAAUUCAGCUACAUGGAAUCACACCAUUGCUAACAGACCAAUAUCUCAAGCCUAUUAAAAAUGGGCUUCAAAGGCUCUCCCUCAUUGCGGAAUAUGAUUUGACGAACAAGAAGGAUUUUGGAAGAUUCGUUGGCCAGGACAUGCACAUUAAACUUUUCCAUAUUCAUCCAGGGCUAAUUCUUGGGUUAUGGAGGAAAAGUCCAGAAAUAGCAUUUGUGAUGGGCACACUACAUUUUCAUCAAUUGUUGGAGAAGAGCUUUUGGGGAUCUGCAGACAGCCUUUACACGUUUCCUCCACAUGUUCCCUUGCUGGAUGAUAUUGACCCUCAGUAUGGACUUCAUGGAUACCAACUUCAUAUUGACAUGUACAGUGGACCAAGAACAUACCUAUGUAGAACCUUCCGUGGCUUGUUCUGCCGGAGAGAAUUUAUAAAGCAUGGUUAUUUACGAAUGGCAGCCAUAGGACUGUGGAACCACAGGAUGCACACCCCUCUUGGUGGAAAAGUAGAUUUUUUGUGGGAGACUUUUACAUUAAAUGGAAGGGUACAGAAUUGCUUCUUGAUGGAUGUAACCGUUUCACAUGAAGCAGAAACUCCAUAUUGGUGUUUUAGUGCCCCAGUUCAAUUAUGUGCAAACAAAAGCUCAGAAACACUCUACGACUUUAUGGGGCAAAGCUUUGAACUGAACUACAAAGAUGAUAUGGGAAAGGUUCAUGCUGAACUUAUAUGGAUGAAAGAGACUGAUGAACAUUAUGUGAUAAAUCUGGUCUUGUACCUAAAAACCGAGAAAGUCAACAGUUAUUUUGGAACAAAUUACACCGAUUGCCUUCUUGAUUAGGGUGUUCAUAUUGUUCCUUGAAGUAUUUGAGCAGAUCUGAAGAUCAACACUGGGAACCACUGACUUGUCUAUAGUCUGUCUAGAGUAAACGACUUACAUUUCAACACUUUGUUGGAGAUACAGUUGUAGCUUUAUUUUUGAAGUUUUUUGUAACUAGUUAUUCUUCCUGUUACCCAAAAAUCACAGGCACAGUGCCUUCUAGGGCCAGUUCAGCUGAAUGUAAUGAUACCUUUAAAAGGGUUUUCCAAACUCUGGAUAGGUCAUCAGUAUCUGAUCUGUGGGGUCCAACCUCGGGGACCCUCACCCAUCAGCUGUUUUGAGAAGACCGCGGCGCUCCUGUGAACGCCGUUGAUUUCUCGCAGCUCACCAAGCACAGCGGCGUACAUUGUAUAGCAGCUUUGCAUGGUAUUGCAGCUCAGCCCCAUUCACUUGAAUAAGGCUGAGCUGUUCCUAGGC